GCCACCAAAGGUCGUCAGGUCGAGUCUGACUCUGACCACGGCCGUCCCACCUCCACGGGAGCCUCGGAUAAGGCACGGAGGUCCCCAUGAGCGGCAGCGACGCCGCGGCCUCCGCGGAGGCGGACGCCGCCGUCAUCUGCGCCCAGAUCGCCGCCGUCUUCUCGGCGCCCUCGGCGCACCCGCCCGCGCGCCCCGUCCUGGUCUCCGAGCUCGCGGCCGCGGCGGCCCGGGGCGGGCGCGUGUUCGUGCACGGCGUCGGGCGGGAGGGGCUCAUGAUGCGCGCCCUCUGCAUGCGCCUCGCGCACCUGGGCCUCCCCGCGCACUGCGUCGGAGACGUCACGACGCCACCGGCCGGCGGGGGCGACCUCCUCGUGGCCUCCGCGGGGCCCGGCGCGUUCUCCACCGUCGACGCCAUCUGCGCCGUGGCGCGCGGCGCCGGCGCCCGCGUCCUGCUGCUCACGGCCCGCCCCGAGGGGGACUUCCCGCCGCGCCAGGCGGACGUCGUGGCGUACCUCCCCGCGCAGACCAUGGCGGACGAGGAGGAGGAGGCGAAGGCCACGGAGACGGAGAGCGCGCCGUCGCGGGCCAAGCUGCCGAUGGGGAGCCUGUACGAGGGAGCCAUGUUCGUGCUGUUCGAGAUGGUGGUGCUGGAGCUCGCGCGCGUCUUGGGCCAGAGCCCGGCCCAGAUGAGGGCCCGCCACACGAACCUGGAGUAGAGUGGUGGCGUCCACGGUGCAGCGAUGAACCGACCGAUGUUGUCAUCAUCUGAUCAUCGUGUUGCACUGUUGGUGGUUGAACCACAACAGUUACGCCUGAUUACCGAAUGGUAGUGCACAAUACUGGCGCAGUGGUUUAGACGUUCGUUAGCAUUCACAAAGGAGACACGUCGUUCUGUAAUGCACUAUUGGAGUGCUGAUUUUGAGUUCGUAUAAUAAAGUGGAGCCUCAUAUUGGUUACCUCAA